AUGUCUACAUUCGGGCGAAAUAAUAACUCACGACACCGGGUAGCAUCACCGCAACACCGUACUGACAUCCCCACCAGGAGGGCCACAUUCUCAGCCGCAGGGUACGCCGCCGCGCGACCCAGCUACCCGCCCAUCCUCUUCAAGCGAGUCCUGGACUACCACGAGGGUGCAGGGUUCGGAACGGUGGUAGACCUGGGAUGCGGCCAUGGCCUGGUGGCCCGGGAGCUAGGCGGUCACUUUGAGCGAGCCGUGGGCGUGGACCCGAGCGCCGGCAUGAUCAGGCAGGCGUCCGAGUCUACGCCCCAAGGAUCCAACAUCACUUUCCGCCAGAGCCGGUCCGAGGACCUGUCCUUCUUGGCAGACGGGUCGGUAGAUCUGGCCGUGGCCGCCCAGGCAGCCCACUGGUUCGACUACGGGAAGGCAUGGCCGGAGCUGGCGCGCGUCGUCAGGUCCGGCGGCUCCCUCGCCUUCUGGGGCUACAAGGACAACGUGCUCAUCGGACACCCCCAGGCCAACGCCAUCUUCGACGCCUUCUGCUACGGGAAGGACGACGUGGCCCCCGGGAUAGAAGGCAUGGACAAGUACUGGGAGCGUCCUGGACGUGACAUACUGCGCCGUCUGCUGCGCGACAUCGAGCCCCCCGUGUCCGACUGGCAGGGUGUCAAGCGUAUCGUGUGCGACGUGGACGCGUCCGUGAAGGAAGAGGACAUCCCCGGCGGGGGAGAGGCGUGGCUGCGCAAGAAGCUCACCCUCGGCGGGUUCGAGAGCUACGUGCGUACCUUUAGCGCAUUCCAGGGCUGGAAGGAUGCCAACCCGGGAAUGGUCAGCCGAGCGGACGGCGGUCAGGGCGACCUGGUUGACCUGCUCAUGGAUCGCGUUGUUGAGGCGGAACCGGAGUGGAAGGUCCUCGGUGAUGGGUGGAGAGAUGCCGAGGUCGAGACGGUCUGGGGCACUUGUAUACUGUUGGCCAAGAGGAGGUGA